AAAAAAAAAAAAAAAGGUAGAGGAAUAGAAGACUUCUAAAAUAAAAAAGAAAAAAAAAAGAUAGCAUUACUGAUAUAACCAAGUCUCUUGUGAAACCGAGUCGAGGAAGUUCCAGAUCUCGAUCUCCCGAGUUUUUAGAAGCAAUGGCGAAGCCGAGGUAUUCGCGCCUUCCGGCUCGGAAAUCGUCAUCGUCAACUAUGUUUCUAACCAUGCUGAUCAUGUUCACCUUCCUGAUUUUGAUUCUUUUGGCGCUCGGAAUCCUUUCAAUUCCUAGCAGUAACUCCGGAAAUUCACCUAAACCUAACGAUUUGAGCUCGAUUGUGCAUAACGUCGUCGACAGAAGUGAUGAUGAUGAAGGAAGAGGAGAGCACUGGGUUGAAGUCAUCUCUUGGGAGCCUAGAGCUUUUAUCUACCAUAAUUUCUUGUCCAAGGAGGAAUGUGAAUACCUGAUUGAUCUUGCCAAGCCUCAUAUGGUAAAGUCAACCGUUGUUGAUAGUGAAACUGGCAAGAGUAAAGAUAGUAGGGUACGUACAAGUUCUGGAACAUUUCUAGCUAGAGGACGUGAUAAGAUUAUUAGGAACAUUGAGAGAAGGAUUGCAGAUUUUACCUUCAUACCAGUCGAGCACGGGGAAGGACUUCAAAUUCUCCACUAUGAGGCUGGCCAAAAAUAUGAGCCUCACUAUGACUACUUCAUGGAUGAGUUCAAUACUAAAAACGGGGGCCAGCGCAUAGCUACAGUCCUUAUGUACCUCUCAGAUGUUGAAGAAGGGGGAGAGACAGUGUUUCCUGCGGCAAAGGGGAACAUUAGUGCUGUGCCUUGGUGGAAUGAAUUAUCUGAGUGUGGAAAAGGAGGACUUUCUGUUAAACCAAGGAUGGGUGAUGCAUUACUUUUCUGGAGCAUGAAGCCUGAUGCAAGUCUUGAUCCUUCAAGUCUGCAUGGAGGCUGCCCUGUGAUUAGAGGAAAUAAGUGGUCGUCUACGAAAUGGAUGCGAGUCAAUGAGUACAAGGUUUAAGCAAACAUUAUAAAGAUGACAGGAUUGAGUUGGAUUUCUUAUUUCCGUACUGUACUUUUGGAAAGUUAAAGUGAGAACUCUGCAGCCAUUGUGCUUCAAGUAUGGUAUACUGCCUGGUACCUUCCUCCUAUCUUUUUUCGUGUAGUGCUCUCUCCUGCUGACUUGGGCUCAUGCUUCAAUCUUGUUUCUUCUUUUUUUUCUUUUUUUUCUUUUUUUUUAAUUUUCAUUUCUUUGGUUCCACUUUUACCUCAGACAAGAGCCUUUAUAUUUUACUACCACUAAUAAUAGAAUAAAGCCGGAUUUUUCGCUUGCAUGCGAAGUGAAAUUCCCAGCACAGAUGAAAUUAUAUUUAUCAAGAAUGACAAGUUAUUUAUUUGACGUCUUUAGAGUCUUUUUAAAUUGUUCUCUGCCCACCAUGCUUAACUUUUAUUUCUUGCAAAUCAAUGUUAACAAAUGUAAUCGUAUCCUCAUUAACCCUAAAAUUGUUAUUUUAUAAUAAAAUUGAAAUGUU